AUGCAGAAAGUUUAUGCAUAUCAACCCAUCGGCUUCGGUGAUAAGACAGUUGCGAUAUUAGGAGCAUUCUACACCCACCUUCCGCCAGAUGGGAGGGUGAAUUUCCUCCAUGAUCUCCAGUCACUCGAAACGGAUCAACAACUGCAUGACCAUGCGCAGUUGUUGAUUAACGGCCUGGCGGCACCAAUGCGAUGGCUGCACUCGACUCCUAAAACUGGGCCGAUGGCAAGGGAAGCCCGGCUCAAGCAAGAGUGCCUUGCCCAUGAUGGCUACAAAUGUGUUGUGACUGGACUCUUCGAUGAAGAAUCUCUUGAUGCCAGCAGCACCAGCCCCACAACAUACACUGGAUGCAUCCACAUCAUCCCGUCUUCCCUUGCAUCGUGGAAAUCGGAAUCUGAAGGUUAUGCCAAGGAUAUUAUAUGGACAAACCUUAUCCGGCAUUUCCCUGCCAUUCAGUCCCUCAAUUUCACCCGCGAGAAUAUCAACGAUACUAAAAACGCGAUGACCAUGUCGAAUUUCCUGCACCGGCACUUUGGGCGUUUCGGUUUCUCGUUUGAAGCGACCUCAAAGCCCCACAGAUACCGCAUUCAGAACUACCGCUCACGACUACGUCUACCGCAAGAACUCCUCCCUCGAACUGUUGUAUUUAAUUCGUAUGACGAAAGAUACGAUCUUCCAAAUCCCGAGCUUCUCAAGGUUCAUGCAACUGUUGCGCAUAUCUUUCAUGCAUCUGGCGCAGCGCAUCAUAUUGAAAAGGCGCUUCGUGAUCUAGGAGGACACUCCAUGCUAGCAAGGGAUGGUAGCACCGAUAUUUCUUCUAUGUUAGCCGCAACAACACUAGGGGUCCUCGGUUCCCGUGUCAUCAACGACCAGCAGACUCUCGCAGCGUUUCCAGAUUCCAAAACAAGCCCCCAGAGAGUUCAAAAACACGCUACAAAUGUGGAUAGACCGCUGAGCGAAGAACAGGCUACCUACGAGUACGAGGGUCAGAUUCCGUUCUCCACGAUGCAAGGGAAAACGGGAUAA